AAGGCAGGAGGGGCGAACAAAUGCCAAAGCAGCCGGCUACUCAGCGGUAGAGGCAGCGAGGAGAAAGGCCGGUCGCUUUUUGUUAGAACCCCCGUCAUUCCCUACACCCCUGGUGAGCGGUUUUUCGGGGUGCCAGGCUCAGCGGCUCCAUACCAGCCCCUCUAGCAUUUGCCUGUGGGUAAAUAUGUCUUCAGCCACUGGUGGAGACAGAGGACUUGAAUCUUCCUUGGAAGCGAGUAUCAGCAGCACGUGUUCUUAUGGAUCUACCCGUGCCAGGAUUUUUAAGAUCAUUGUGAUUGGUGACUCCAAUGUGGGGAAGACCUGCCUGACGUAUCGCUUCUGCACAAGCUAUUUCCCUGAACGGACAGAGGCCACCAUCGGUGUGGACUUUAGGGAGAGGUGUGUAGAUAUAGAUGGAGAAAGAAUAAAGAUUCAGCUAUGGGACACGGCUGGUCAAGAACGCUUCCGCAAGAGCAUGGUCCAGCAUUACUAUAGGAAUGUACAUGCUGUGGUUUUUGUGUACGACAUCACCAAUAUGGCAAGUUUCCAUAGUCUACCAGCCUGGAUAGAGGAGUGCAAGCGGCAUUUACUUACCAAUGAUGUGCCCCGCAUUCUGGUCGGCAAUAAGUGUGACCUAAAGGACUCUAUUCAAGUACCCACUGACUUAGCUCAAAAGUUUGCUGACUUACACAGCAUGCCAAUGUUUGAAACCUCCGCCAAGAAUACCAAUGACCACGUUGAGGCUAUAUUCAUGACACUGGCACACAAGCUGAAGAGUCACAAGCCACUGGUCUUGAGUCAGCCGCCAGAGAAUACAGUAGAGCUUAAUUCUGGAGCCAAGACCUCCUUUCCGUGCGGUUGCUAGAUUUCUGUUUUUAUCAGACUCAAAUGCAGGAAGCAUUUUACAAGUUCCAUUGAAGUAGAAGUCAGCUUGGUGGCAAGACCGCCAGGAAGAUGCAUGGUUUUAUGGAGGUCAAGUUAAGGCAUGUUCUAUUCAGGGGUCUUGCAUUGAGCCUCAUUGUAACCGUUAUUAUAGCGUGGACUUUUCAGAAACCCAAUCGUUCGAGUUGUGCAUUUUUUUUUCUUCUUUCCUCAAACUACAUAACCUUUUUUGCUAAAUGUGAUUUUUAAUUCUGAAAAGUGUACGAUGUCCAUGUGCUUUCCUGUUUGACUUCACCUAAACUGCAUUUCUCUAACCUUUUUUUCCCUGUAUUUUAGUCUUUCCAUUACAUUUGUCUAUUCCCCAUCCCCCCCCCUUCCAGUCGGACAGAGGCUAUGUGCACAGAAAGCUGGUAGUGCCUUGUUGGAAUCGGACCUAGCCCAUAGCAGAUUGAUCCAUGUGCCUGUGACCAUAUUGCUGCUGUUGGGACAGGUCUACAGUUGCAUACGGUUCUAUAUUUGAAGUAAAACUCUAAGAAGUCACUGUGAGUAAUGGUGAGUGAUUGGAGUCAGACAAGGUCAUUUCCUUCCUCUUAUGUAGCCAGACAAGCUGAACUGUUUCUUGAAACCAAGAAGAAAGACCCAGAGAACCUCUUUACAUUGCCCAGACUGUGACUGUCAAGACCCAAGAAGUCAAGCUAGGACUAGCACAAACUUACUGUUUUAUGGUCUACCUUGUACUUGUGUCCUUCACAAUAGUUUACUACUUAAUCUAAGGAGUUGCUUUCAUUUCCCAUCUUAAAGGGACUGAAAACAUAUAGAAAAUCUCAGCACAACCGUUUUAAAUGUCAUUUUUAACACCUUCAUGUGUGUCGUUCAUGUCAAGUAUAUUACUGUCUGCUUGUGAUAGAAAAUGCACUAAAUAUUUUACAUGUAUUGUUAACAGGGACUACUGGGUUAAACCAGCCUUGUCUUAUAGCUCAAAAUAUAUAUAGAGAUGCGCUAGAACACUUGUCUUGUUGAAAAUAUAAGCAAAGUAUUUCCAAAGUAUUAAAGGGGAUGUUCAAUGGGAUAAAACUUCCUAAAAAAUAAAAUAAGCUGUACUCAUCUCACCAGCCGCCCACUGCUGCUGUUGCCACACUUAUCAGCAGGGACCUGGUCUCCACUUUCUGGUCACUACACAAGAAAAUGGGUGGAAAUUGCUGCUAAGCCCGUCAGUUGUGAAUUGGCUGAGCUGGCAUUUCUUGUUUGUUGAGACUGGAAAGGGAAGCAGAGACCAGCGGGAAUCCACUAAGUGUUGGAAUGGAAGUGAUGAGGGAUCAGUGAAUUGAGUAAGACCCCAUCAACACAACCGUGUGACAGGUGUGUCCACGAUCUGCAUGUUGCCGACAAGGAUAGGACACGUUCUAUCUUCGACUGCAACGUGUGGAUCGUGGACCUAUUGCGGUCAAUGGGUCCGCACCGCAAUGUGGGGACAACGCGGCCAGUACCCAUGUUUUGCGGAUCUACUGUUUGUGGUCCGCAAAAUGGACACAUCCAUCAAAUGGUCGUGUGAAUGGGGCCUAAUACUUAUUUUUAUCCAGACAACCCCUUGUACCAUACAAGAUUUUUUAGUAAGGUUCCUUUCACAUAACUGUUGGAGUAAGAAUUGUAUAUUUCUUGCUUAAAUGAAAACAUAAAAAGGGGGGUGGGAAAACCUUUUAUAUUCCUAUGAUUUGAUAUAGUCCAUAAAAACCAAGAAGGUAAUAGACGCCUCUGGUUCUGUUAAGAACUGAUUUCAGGUCUAUAUACAUAGCUGAAAUGCUUAAAGGCUAUGGGCACCUUUUGGGAGCAGUAUUUUUAUUAUUGCAUUUUACUCAUUUUAGGUUA